AUGCCGAGGACGGAGCAGCAGCGCACCGGAGCACAGCUAUUUGCUUGUAACCAGGAGUUGAAUCUGCUCUCUGAAAACGAUUCAAGAAGCAAGAAAGAAGAUUUAUGGGGGUCUAAAGAGGAAGAUGUAACAAUGAAACAAAUCCCUACAUCUCAAUGUUCAGAGAUCUGUUCACCAGGAAACAGGAAAGUCUCCAGAUCCAGAAUCUACUCCUGCUGCUAUGACUGUGUCCAGUGCUCCCUGGGGGAAAUCUCCAACAUGACUGACAGUGAAACCUGCAUGAAAUGUUCUGACCUUGACUGGCCCAAUGAGAAGAAGGAUCGUUGCGUCCCAAAGCUGCAGGAAUUUCUCUCCUACACAGAUGACACAAUCGUUCCGGUUAUUUCUGUGGUUUCCACUAUAUUUUCUUUCCUUACAUUCAUGAUUCUCAUUACUUUUAUUCUGUACCAAGACACGGCCAUCGUGAAGGCCAAUAACAGAGACCUGAGCUUCCUUCUUCUGGUCUCCAUCAUGCUGAGCUUCCUCUGUGUCUUCUUGUUCCUUGGACAUCCGGUGGACCUCACUUGCCAGAUACGUCAGGUCUCAUUUGGAAUCCUCUUCUCAGUAGCUGUUUCUUGUGUUUUGGCUAAAACGGUGACGGUUUGCAUAGCUUUUAAAGCCACUAAACCCGGCAGCUCCUGGACACGCUGGAUUGGAAGCAAGUGGUCGAAUUCUUUGGCGUUGUUCUGCUCAUCCAUCCAAGUCAUAAUCUGCAUGGGUUGGCUGGCUCUAGCGCCCCCCUUCCAAGAGCUGGAUACUCAUUCCUAUCAGGGAAAGAUCAUUGUGCAGUGUAAUGAAGGCUCCAUUAUUGGGUUCUAUUCUGUCCUGGGUUAUAUGGGGGUCUUGGCGGCUGUUAGUUUUAUUACAGCUUUUUUAGCUCGGACAUUACCGGACAGUUUCAAUGAGGCCAAGUACAUCACCUUCAGCAUGCUGGUGUUCUGCAGCGUCUGGAUUGCCAUGAUCCCGGCUUAUCUGAGCACCAAAGGGAAAUACAUGGUGGCUGUGGAGAUAUUCGCCAUAUUGACCUCAAGUGCUGGACUUUUAGGGUGUAUAUUCCUCCCAAAGUGCUAUAUUAUCCUCUGGAGACCAGAACUUAACUCCAGAACUCAUUUACUGGUGGAAAGGAGAAGAGGAUGAGAUAUUUGUGUAAUGUUCACUUUAAUGAUGACUAUAGUAGAAAAUACAGAAAAUGAAGUUUACAAUUGUAUCUCAGCUAGGUAUAAAACUUUCAGCUUCAUCCCACAGAACGGGACUGGGAGUCUUUGGCUGAUCUGGGCAAUGUUAGGAAGCCCCACAGAGAAUGAAUGGAACAUCAGCUGCACAUGCACACUGCCAUGUCAUUCACUUGGGGGAAAACUGACCUGCGUUCUCAGGAUAAGUCAGACCCCCACCUAUGGCAAGGGGACACCUUCUGAUCUUGUGGUAACCCCUUUAACAUUUGUUCAUUGUAAACUUCAGAUAUUCUCCAUCCUGAUCAAUGUGAUCAUUACGCUGAACACUGACUGAUCCUCAUGAGAUUUCUAUAUGACUGUUAUCUACUGUUGUUUCCUUGGGCUCACUAGUGGAGAUGAUCUUGAGGGCCCCUUUAUCUUUAUGUCGGCAUAUUAAUUA